AUGUCCAUCUGUCACCGAUUCACCCACUCCACCCACCCGUCAAUGUCCAUCCGUCACCAAUUCACCCACUCCACCCACCCGUCAAUGUCCAUCUGUCACCGAUUCACCCACUCCACCCACCCGUCAAUGUCCAUCCGUCACCGAUUCACCCACUCCACCCACCCGUCAAUGUCCAUCUGUCACCGAUUCACCCACUCCACCAGCCCGUCAAUGUCCAUCUGUUACCGAUUCACCCACUCCACCCACCCGUCAAUGUCCAUCCGUCACCGAUUCACCCACUCCACCCACCCGUCAAUGUCCAUCCGUCACCAAUUCACCCACUCCACCCACCCGUCAAUGUCCAUCCGUUACCGAUUCACCCACUCCACCCACCCGUCAAUGUCCAUCUGUUACCGAUUCACCCACUCCACCCACCCGUCAAUGUCCAUCCGUCACCAAUUCACCCACUCCACCCACCCGUCAAUGUCCAUCCGUCACCAAUUCACCCACUCCACCCACCCGUCAAUGUCCAUCCGUCACCAAUUCACCCACUCCACCAGCCCGUCAAUGUCCAUCUGUCACCAAUUCACCCACUCCACCCACCCGUCAAUGUCCAUCUGUCACCGAUUCACCCACUCCACCCACCCGUCAAUGUCCAUCUGUCACCAAUUCACCCACUCCACCCACCCGUCAAUGUCCAUCCGUCACCGAUUCACCCACCCGUCAAUGUCCAUCUGUCACCGAUUCACCCACUCCACCCACCCGUCAAUGUCCAUCUGUCACCGAUUCACCCACUCCACCCACCCGUCAAUGUCCAUCUGUCACCGAUUCACCCACUCCACCCACCCGUCAAUGUCCAUCCGUCACCAAUUCACCCACUCCACCCACCCGUCAAUGUCCAUCUGUCACCGAUUCACCCACUCCACCCACCCGUCAAUGUCCAUCUGUUACCGAUUCACCCACUCCACCCACCCGUCAAUGUCCAUCUGUCACCAAUUCACCCACUCCACCCACCCGUCAAUGUCCAUCCGUCACCAAUUCACCCACUCCACCCACCCGUCAAUGUCCAUCUGA